AUCCUCCGCCGCAAGUUUGCGAGGCUUCAGGUGUUGGAUUGGGACGAGCUAUCUGUGAUCAAGUUGACGACGAGAAGUCCGACCUUAUUCGAGACAGUGAGGGCUUGCCAACCGAUGCAAUUUCUCGCUCGGAGGGGUAUCCCGUCAUCACCCGGGACACCAAGUUGUCGAGCUUGGAUGCAGUGAUACCUGACUAUCAUCCUUAUCGGCUAGUGGCGGGGACAGAGGAGCUAGAGGCUAUCGACCUUUUUUAUGGCGCCGACAAAGUGGUUGGGUCCUCUAAGGGUGAGAGCUGUAAUACCAGUGCUAAUAGUAAGAAAUCUAAGGCGUUGGAGCCUCAGACGGCGGAGAAUCCCAAGGAAUUAUGCUCAGUUGAUCCGCCGGAGCUCCCUGCCGCGGCGGCCACCCCCUCCGCCUCCCUUGCUACUCCGGCCGCUGCAGAAGGAGGUGCGGCAGCUAAUGUGGAUAAGCCGAAGACCUCGUUAGCUUCCUGGAAACAGCACCAAGGUUUCGAGACGACCUCGCCCUGGUGCAGGCUUCUCGCAGAGUCCACGCAGAACCCCACUGUUUCUGUGUACACAACCAAUUUCUUGGUGGGGGCAAGCAAACAUGCCAAUCUCUUGAUCCGGGAUCAGACGGUCAGUGCAAUUCUGUGUUCCAUAAGGCUUUCACAGCGCGACGACAAACCUGUUGCGGUACUUGAAAUUCGGGGAAGCAAAGGAUGUGUGCAAGUCAACGGGAGAACAAUUAAGAAGAACACUAGUUGCAAUCUCAAUUCUGGGGAUGAAGUGGUUUUCGGAUUUCUUGGAAGUCAUGCAUAUAUUUUCCAGCAGUUGCCUUAUGACAGUAUAAUAAAAACCCCUCCACCAGAUAUUCAAACUAAUGCUGGGAAGUUGGUUCAAGUUGAAAGACGGGCAGGGGAUGCUUCAGCCGUUGCGGGUGCUUCAAUUUUGGCAUCACUUUCUAAUCUGCGACAAGAUUUAUCUCGACUUAAGCCUACAUCACUGACCAGCGGUAAAAAUUACCGAGGGAGUGAUCUUCCUUCCUCUCCCCUAAUUAAUGAAGAUGAUCUUGAUGGUCAAGAAGUUAAUUCAGCUACAAAUUUAGGUGCUGAAGCAGCUGGAGAUGUAGGGGGAGCUACCAGCAAGAUCCUUCCUCUUGAUGGCAAUGUAGAAGCUGGCUUAGAGGAUGAGAGAGAUUGGCUUAAGGAUUUGGCCCCGGUAUCUUUAUCAGUUAUGUGUUCACGAACUAAAGCGUUUAGAGAAGGCAUACUUGCAGCUAUUCUCGAUGGCCAGGACCUGGAGGUUUCAUUCGAUAAUUUCCCAUACUAUUUGAGUGAGAGCACAAAAAGUGUGCUAGUUGCAGCUUCCUACAUACAACUGAGGCACCGAGAUCACGUUAAAUUUACUUCUGAGCUUCCGACAUUGAAUCCAAGAAUUUUACUUUCUGGUCCCGCAGGGUCUGAUAUUUAUCAGGAGAUGUUGGUAAAGGCGCUUGCUCAUUACUUUGGGGCGAAAUUGCUCAUAUUCGACACCAAUUCAUUUCUGGGAGGUACUUCAAAGGAUGCUGAGCUGAAAGAGGGGAACAAUGCAGAAAAGGUGUGUAGCACUAGCAAACAUAUUUCUGGGUCCCCAGAUACUGCCAAGGACAUUGGCCAUUCAUCUGGUGAAGUAGAUGCCUCUAAUUUGCUGAGUAAUCCCCUUGGUUUAGAAUUGCGGACGAGAAUUGAAACUGACAACGUGCCUUCUUCAUUUAAUGCAACCAAGAGCAAUUCUUUUAAAUUGGGUGAUAGAGUCAAAUUCGUUGGUCCAGCCUCUUGUAGUUUAUACUCUAGUUCCACCAGGGGCCCAACUCCUGGAAUGCGGGGGAAGGUUCUUUUGCCAUUUGAAGAUAAUCCUCUUUCGAAAAUUGGUGUAAAAUUUGACAAACCUAUGCAAGAUGGGCUUGAUUUUGGAGGUCUUUGUGACAAUGGACAUGGAUUCUUUUGCAAUGCCAAUGAGCUACGCGUGGACACUUCAGGUGUGGAGGAUUUGGACAAGUUACUUAUUAACACAAUGUUUGAGACUGUGUUUGAUGUGAGCCAAGAAUCCCCUUUCAUUUUGUUUAUGAAAGAUGCUGAGAAGUCCAUGGCAGGAAACUCUGAAUCAUAUGCUGUAUUUAAGACCAAGCUGGAGAAGCUUCCUAACAAUGUUGUAAUUAUUGGUUCACAGACUCAAACUGACAACCGUAAAGAAAAGUCUCAUCCUGGUGGUUUGCUUUUCACGAAAUUUGGGAGCAACCAGACUGCUUUGCUUGACCUGGCUUUUCCUGAUAGUUUUGGGAGGUUGCAUGACAGGGCUAAGGAUAUUACUAAGGCAAACAAGCUCUUAUCCAAACUUUUCCCAAAUAAAGUGACAAUUCACUUGCCUCAGGACGAGACCCUUCUAGUCAGUUGGAAGCAGCAAUUGGAACGAGAUGCUGAAACUCUAAAACUGAAAGCAAAUCUGAAUAAUUUACGGACUGUUCUCAAUCGUAACGGGUUGGAGUGUGAUGGACUUGAAACGUUGAACAUUAAAGACCAAGCACUAACAAAUGAGAGUGCGGAAAAGGUGGUUGGAUGGGCUUUAAGCCAUCAUUUGAUGACAGAUCCUGAAGCUGAAGCUGAAACAGAUACCAGGCUUGUGUUGUCUAGGGAGAGCAUUCAAUAUGGAAUUGGCAUUCUACAUUCCAUCCAAAAUGACUCCAAGAGUUCAAAGAAGUCCCUCAAGGAUGUCGUGACUGAGAAUGAAUUUGAGAAGAGGCUUCUGGCUGAUGUGAUCCCUCCCAAUGAUAUUGGUGUGACAUUUGAUGAUAUAGGAGCACUCGAGAAUGUCAAAGAUACCUUGAAGGAGUUGGUGAUGCUUCCUUUACAGCGUCCAGAACUUUUCUGCAAGGGGCAACUGACAAAGCCUUGCAAGGGCAUAUUGCUAUUUGGCCCCCCUGGAACAGGAAAGACUAUGCUUGCAAAGGCUGUUGCAACUGAAGCUGGUGCGAAUUUCAUUAACAUUUCAAUGUCCAGCAUAACCUCAAAGUGGUUCGGUGAGGGUGAGAAAUAUGUCAAGGCUGUCUUUUCUCUGGCUAGCAAGAUAGCUCCUAGUGUGAUAUUCGUUGAUGAAGUUGAUAGCAUGCUGGGCCGAAGGGAAAACCCAGGAGAACAUGAGGCCAUGCGUAAAAUGAAAAAUGAAUUCAUGGUGAACUGGGAUGGACUGCGGACAAAGGACAAAGAACGUGUUUUGGUACUUGCUGCCACAAACAGGCCUUUUGACCUUGAUGAGGCUGUGAUUAGGAGGCUGCCACGCAGGUUGAUGGUCAAUUUGCCGGAUGCUGCUAAUAGAGCCAAGAUCCUUCGAGUUAUUCUGGCCAAAGAGGACCUUUCCCCUGAUGUUGACCUGGAUACAGUUGCGAGUAUGACUGAUGGUUAUUCAGGAAGCGAUCUUAAGAAUUUGUGUGUGACAGCUGCCCAUCGCCCCAUAAGAGAGAUUCUGGAGAAGGAGAAAAAGGUAAUGUUUCCCAAUCCCGCCUGUGUUCCACCUGAUCAAUCUUGA